UUUAGCUAGCCAGCAGCAAUCGGAAGUCAAAAUGUGCAAAGGCAAACGUCUAUUGUUGAUGACGUACAAACACAGUUACACGAGGGCUAUACUACUAGCGAGUUGCAAGAAGUCCGCUGUUGGAUAACAAAUCAUGGGGAAACGGAAGACUAAAAAGUUUGCUUCAAUGAAGAGAAUGAUAAGUUUGAAAGAUCAGAGAAUAAAAGAGAAAGACCGUACCAAAGUACAGGCGAAAAAAAAGAAAGACCCUUCAGAAAUAAAGGAAAAAGAAGUGCCAAAAUAUCCAUCAUGUCUGUUCUUCCAGUACAACACUCAGCUUGGUCCCCCUUAUCACAUCCUCGUCGACACCAAUUUCAUCAACUUCUCCAUCAAGGCUAAACUCGACAUAGUUCAGUCAAUGAUGGACUGCCUGUACGCCAAAUGUAUCCCAUGCAUCACAGACUGUGUAAUGGCUGAGAUAGAGAAACUGGGGAUGAAGUAUCGAGUUGCUCUAAGGAUAGCCAAGGAUCCUCGGUUCGAACGACUGCCAUGCACCCACAAAGGAACUUACGCUGAUGACUGUUUAGUUCAAAGGGUAACACAGCACAAGUGCUACAUCCUGGCAACUGUGGACAGAGACCUGAAGAGAAGAAUCAGAAAGAUCCCAGGAGUACCCAUCAUGUACAUCUCCAACCAUAGGUUCAACAUUGAAAGAAUGCCUGAUGACUAUGGUGCUCCAAGAUUUUAACAUUCAAUGGAUGGACAUAGGAUUUAAAUUCCAGUUGGACUGUGGCUUCUGUCGAGGAGGAUUUGAUUUGUUUACCUGCUUAUUGUAUAUUAUCAAAGGACUUGAGUUUAUGCUGGGUUUUUUUUGUGAAAAAAGGAAUGACAGAAUAUUUUUUGCAAGUUUAUUCUGGCUGUGUUUUUCUUACCAAUCCAAACCUAAUUUUUGUCCCAUAAAAGUGCAAUAAAUUAAUGGAAGAAGUAAAA